UCCUGAUGGUUCUUCAUUCGGCUCGCUAAACUUUCCCCCAAUUAAUCAAUAUUUCAUUUCAUUCCGUUCGAUCCUUAAAUCAUACAUUCCAUUCAAUGGCUUCUACUUCAUCAGUUCAAAAGAGGUUCAGGUACGAUGUGUUUUUGAGUUUCCGGGGUGAAGACACCCGCAAAACCUUCGUUGAUCAUCUCUAUGUUGCUCUUGUGAAUAAAGGCAUUAUUACUUACAAAGAUGAUGAAACAAUCGACAAAGGUGAAAGGAUCAAGGAGCAGCUAAUCAAAUCCAUACAGGACUCGAGAUUUUACAUAAUUGUGUUCUCCAAGAACUAUGCAUCUUCAUCCUGGUGCUUAGACGAGCUCGUGGAGAUUAUCAAGUGCCAGAAGACAGCCGAGCAUACUGCUUACCCCAUCUUCUAUGAUGUGGAACCCACCGAAGUCCGAAAACAAAGUGGGCUAGUUGGGGAAGCCUUUGAACAGUUGACAAGGAAGAGGAAGAGGACGUUGGAAGAUGCAACUCUGGAAAAGGAACAUGAUGUUGGAAGAUGGAAAAAUGCUCUAAAAGAAGCAGCCUACCUCGCUGGGAUGGAGUUGAAGAACACUUUCAACGGGCAUGAAGCAAAAUUUAUCCAACAAAUCGUUGAAGACGUUUCACUAAAGCUACAUCUCAUUAACUUGAGCAUCGAUAGGAAGUUAGUAGGCAUGGAGACUCGGGUAAGGGACGUAAUUUCAUCUUUGGAACUUGAUUUAGAUGAUGUUCGGAUGAUAGGGAUCAAGGGGAUUGGAGGUGGUGGGAAGACGACUUUGGCGAGAACUAUUUUUGAUCAUAUAUCCAUCUGGUUUGAAGGUAAGAGCUUUGUUGAAGAUGUCAGAGAAGUUUCAAAAGGCUCUUUGUCUGGGUUGAAGGAUUUGCAAAAACAGAUCCUUUCAUCCGUGUUAAAUGAUCAAACCAUUGUUGUAGCUGGUGUUUCUGACGGGAAACGUAUGAUGAAAAGGAUGAUGGCUAAUAGAAAGGUUCUUGUAGUUCUAUAUGAUGUGGAUGAUAUAGACCAGCUUGAAGCAUUAGCAGGUGAGCCUACCUGGUUUAAGCCGGGAAGUAAAAUCAUCAUCACCACAAGAGAUGAGCAAGUGUUAGUAGCACAACGAGUGAAUGUUAUUCAUGAUGUCACUCUGUUAUCGGAUGAGGAAGCAAUUUGCCUCUUUAGUAGGUAUGCAUUUGGGAGGGAGAUUCCAGAUCAAGGGUAUGAAGAGCUAUUAAGAAAAGUUGUACAUUAUGCUGCCGGUCUUCCCUUAACAAUCAAAGUUUUGGGUUCACAUCUUUGUGGUAGAACUGAGCAUGAAUGGGUGGACACCAUCGAAAGACUAAAAGCCAUUCCCUUGGAGAAAACUUUGAAAAGAUUGGAACUAAGCUAUAAUGGCCUGGAGAAUGAUGAGAAAGAAAUAUUCUUAGAUGUUGUAUGCAUACUGAAAGGUGAAAUGAAAGAUGACUCAAUAAGAAUACUUGAAAGUUGUGGGUUUAAUGCUCAUAUUGGUUUAAGAGUUCUUGAGCAGAAAUCUUUGAUAACUAUUUCUGAUUAUGACGGUUUGCGUUUCCAUGACCAUAUAGAAGAAAUGGGCUGGAAUAUUGUCCGUGGUUUGCACCCUCUUGAGCCUAGCAAGCAUAACCGACUAUGGAUUAAAGAGGAAAUAGAAGAUAUAUUGGUUAAUGAAUUGGGUACCGACGUAACAAGAAGUAUUAAACUAAAAUACACAAGUCUCCAUCCAACAACUAUUAUGAGAGGUCUUAGGAAAAUGAAUGAACUUAGAUUUCUUUCCGUGCAAUCUCUAUAUUGGAAUAAUGGAGAUGUAGAAUGGGCUGUUGAUGAAGUUAGCCAAUACUUACCGGAUGCUUUACAAUCUCUAGAUUGGCCUGAAUACCCUUUUCGGUCUUUACCUCAAAUGUUUCAAGCAAAUAAGCUCGUUAACCUUGAAAUGGUUGAGGGCAAUAUAUCAGAACUUUGGGAAGGAGGAGAAAAAAAGGUUCUAAAUAAGAUAAGAUUCAUUGACCUCAGACUUUCAAAGUUAGAAACCUUUGACCUUAGUAUGACUCCAAAUCUCGAAAAGUUAAAUCUGGCAGGGUGUUUUGAAUUUUUCAAACUACACAUCCCCGUUGAAUGUCCAAAGCUCAAAUUCAUAAGUCUUGGUAGUUCUAAGGUGAGUAACCUUAACCUUAGGAUGACUCCACACCUUGAGGUAUUAUAUAUCAAUGGAUGUAAAGAAUUUGUAGAACUCAACUUGCCCGUUGAAUUUUUGAAUCUCAAAUCCAUAGAUCUCAGUGGUUCCAAUGUGAGUAAACUUAACCUUGGGAUGACUCCACAUCUUGAGGAGUUAAAUCUUAGCGGAUGUAAUGAAUUUGUAAAGCUCCACAUGCCCGUUGAAUGUCCAAAGCUCAAAUUUCUCAACCUCAAAGGUUCUAAGGUGAGUAUUCUUAACCUUGGGAUGACUCCACAUCUUGAGGAGUUAAAUCUUGAACAAUGUAAUGAAUUUGUAGAACUCCACUCGCAUGUUGAAUGUCUAAACAUCAAAUCCCUCAAUCUUAGUGGUUCUAAGGUGCGUAACCUUAACCUCGGGAUUACUCCAAAUCUUGAAAGGUUAUAUCUCAAAGGAUGUUAUGACUUUGUAGAACUCCACAUGCCCGUUGAAUGUCCAGAGCUCCAAUUCCUCAGCCUUGGUGGUUCUAAGGUGAGUAACCUCAAUCUUGAGAUGACUCCACAUCUCAAGAAGUUAGAUCUUGAAGGAUGUUAUUACCUUCAAGAAAUUCACGCUCACGUGGGUUGUCUAAAAGAUCUUGUCUACUUUAACUUCAAAGGUGGCUCAAGGUUUAAACAUUUUUUUGUACAUUAUGAUGUAUUUAGACUGAACCUAAUUGCGGAGUCCCUAGAUGGAUGCCCACUGCAUCCAGAAAGUAAUUUGCCUAAGUUUCAGUUUAAAUGUACAUAUUGGGAACCUCUACCCUCAUCGAGUGGAAAUAUUGAGAAGCUUAUAUCUUUUGGUCUAUGUGCUUGCACAAACCUUGAGUCGUUUUCAACAAGCAUUUGUGGUUUACAAGAUUUAACAGAGCUCACUCUUAAAGGCAGUAUUCCGGAGGUGCCCAAUGAUCUGUACCAGUUACAAAGUCUAGAGAAGCUACAUUUGUCGAUGAAAGAGAUUAAGCAUCUUCCGGAUAGCAUUUGUAGGUUGAAACGUUUGAAAUCACUCGACUUAAGUGGUUGUAGAUCUUUACAAGAUAUCCCAAACAGUAUCUGGAAGAUGGAAAGAUUAAGAGAUUUAGAUCUCCGAUUUUGUAUACAAGUUGAAAAAUUGCCCGAGGAAUUUGGAGAUAUGAAACGCUUGAAUACGUUAAACAUAGUAGGUUCGGGUAUAAGACAUCUUCCGUACAACAUUUUUCAAUUGAAAGGUCUGUGUAUUACUGGUCUUAGGGGGCAGCUUGAGUCCUGUGGUUUUACUAAUAUAAUCUACAUUGAAAGGUCUGUGUUUUACUACUAUGUGCAGUUGUGAAUAAGAAGUAUUCAAAGUCCAGUUUUACUAGUAGAAUGUAACAGGGACAUUCUCUUUUUUCUUGUAUGUUGUAAACCGAACAAAAAAUGAUUACGUGUAGUUAACUGAAUGACU